AUGGACUUUUUAUUCGACCUACCGACGCAUUUACCAAACGAGACUCCAGAAUCAUCAACCACUGAAGUUAAUCCUGAGCUACAGCCAGCGAUAACCAACAAGGGUGUGCAAGAUGUGCAAGAGACACCAAUCAAUGAUUCACCUGGUUCUUCUUCAAACGCCACCAAGAAGGCAGUAGCAAUACCGGGAACUAAUAUUACACUCCAAACAGAAGAGGACAUAGCCAAGUGGAUAGAAGAAAGAAAGAAAAACUGGCCCACUAAAGCCAAUGUUGAACGUAAACAACAACUCAAGGAGGCAAAACGUAAAUUACACCAGCAGAAUACAAGACUGAAACGGCCAUUGGAUGGAAAUGGCACUCAGGAGAACAAUAAACGAAGUAAAACCAUAUGUCGGUUUUUUCAACAAUAUGGUAAAUGCAAAUAUGGAAACAACUGUAAAAAUAUUCAUGAAAUACCCAAUGCUCACGAUGAUCCUAAUCCAAUAGCAACCAAGUUCCAAAAUAGCUUGACUCAUUACAAGAGAAAACUAAAUGGGGUUACUAUUCUUGUACCUAAAUUAUACUCCAAUAGGACUGAAAACACAACAACGUCUAAAUCAUCCUUAUUUAAACAUUUAAUUAGCCAAGAUCAAAUCAAGAAUGAAAAUAGUUUGGUUAUUGACUUUAUUAGAUACCUAGAUGAUAAAGGAAUGAUAAAUCAUGAUGUCAUGAAGGAAAAAACGACCGAAAACAGAGCUUAA